AUGUAUGUCAACAUCGCCAAUACGAUUGCCAGCAUCAUGAUGCUUUUGGCUGUGCCAAAUGUUUACGCCGCCCCGGCCCAACAGGCGGGUUCCCAAGCUGCAGCGGCUCCGGCUCCGGCAGGUGGGCUUAUCGGGAAGCUCCUGUCGGACCAUGUAAAGUUCGUCUCGGAACCCGGGAGUGCCGCAGCUACUCCCGACCAAAGCAAUCCGAUUCUCAAUGUUCACCGCGACGCCCAUGCUGCAAUUGACGGCGGCGUGUCUGCUAUUGCCGGCGGCCUCGGCGGCGGCCUCGCUCCUGGAGCUGCCGCUUCCUCUGCGUUUAAGGAGUAG